AUGAACAGCAUACAGACGCCCGCAGCCGCUCGUCGUUCAAUUUUCACACAAUAUCACAGGAAGGGUACUGAAGACACUAGUCAUGGUUCAGCACGACGUCAAAAGAAGGACUUUUUUCUGUCUUCGCGCGCUUUAGGGGCUCGGUAUCUUCGCUGGCCUACUCGAGAGCACCUGGACGGAUGUGAGCCGACCGAGCCCCAAGAACAGCUGGCAAAGGCGGAUAUCCUGGAGAAAGUCAUGAAGGGGCGCCAGCCAUCGGAUCUUAUGUUGAGAUGUACUGUCCUGGAUGCGGGGGGAAACGUGAAAACAAUAUCUGGCCAAUUCAAAAAGAGUGAUUUGAGCGCAGAACAUCGGCUGAAUCCUCGUGAUCUCCGUAAAAUUGACUCGAGGGUUCCUAAUCUUGUUCCUACUAUUCUUGUACGAAAGGAGGCCAUCCUUGUUAACAUUCUUCACGUCCGAGCGCUCGUGAAAGCUGAUGCCGUCGUUUUGUUCGACACAUAUGGGUCCGCUGAUUCGCGACUGCACUCGGUGUUUCUGUAUCAUCUGGAGCACAACCUUAAGAUGAAAGGCUCCGGACUGCCAUAUGAAUUUCGGGCCCUGGAGUCCAUUCUCCUUUCAGUCCUUAGUGCCUUAGAAGCUGAGAUGGUAUUCAUCCGGAACCUUGUCGGCGGUUUACUCGCCGAGUUGGAAGACGACAUUGACCACGACAGCCUUAAACGCCUUCUGCACUAUUCUAGACGACUGGCUAGUUUCCAGAGUAGGGCGAAGCUUGUUGAGCAAGCUUUAGAGGAAGUUCUAGAGCAAGAUGAGGAUCUGAACGCUAUGUAUCUUACCGACAAGAAGAACGGUAACGACCGUGAAAUCGACGAUCACGAGGAACUCGAAUUUCUAUUGGAAUCGUUUUCCAAGCAGGUCGAAGAAAUUGUGAGCGAAGUAGGUAACAUCGAUACAAACGUGGAGUCGACUCAAGAAAUUGUCGAAUUGAUCCUAGACUCUAAUCGUAAUUCUCUGCUUGCGCUUGACCUACAAGUCUCAAUCGCUACUUUUGGUGUCGGCACGGGGGCAUUUUUAGCAAGUCUCCUAGGCAUGAACUUAACAAAUCACUUUGAAAGUCAUCUGUGGGCAUUCUACGGCAUGACAGGCUUCACCUCCAUCGUGGCCGGUUGUGUGGCAUGGGCUGGGCUCCGGAAACUCGCCAGAAUGCGAAAAAUUGGUCUUUCUUCUAACAGCGGCAAGCGCAAAACGAAACCUUGGCUACCUCUUCCUCUUAGAGCGCGAAAAUCGGACGGAUGGUCGUAA